CCGCGGUGCCCCGGCUCCGGCCAUGCGGCUCCCCCCGCGCUCGGCGGCCCGGCUGCUGCCGCCCCCCGCCGGGGCCGCGCUCCUGCUCCUGCCGCGCUGGGCGGCCGCCCGCGCCCCGGGCCAGGGUCCCAGGAACCAUGGUAUGAGCACAGUGGGCACGGAGAAGGAGUAGUAUCAGCAGGUUCUGAAUAACCUUUUUGCAGCUGGAAAAUAAAACAAAGGGGAGAAUUGAAAAGCAGAUUUGUCAAGUUGUUCUGGAUCAUUUUGAGAAGCAGUACACAACGGAACUGGGAGAUGCAUGGACCAGGAGACGUACUCACAUACCCAUUGUGCUGGCAGUACGCCAUUCUGCUUAACAAGUUCAGCCAGUCCGCUGAACUGGAGACCACCUUGCCUGCGAGGGGAUAUCAUCCUGCCUUUCCAAGAAGUUUGCCCUAUCUUCCAGCAUCCUUUAAGUGUUACAUCAGGAGAGCCCCUGGGAGAUUCCCUGCACAGAAACACCAGGCUGGUAAACUGAAAGAGUAUUAUCUGCUGAACGCUGCUUCGCUGUUGCCAGUGUUGGCGUUAGAAGUGAAAGACGGGGAAGAUGUUUUGGAUCUCUGUGCUGCGCCAGGGGGUAAAUCAGUAGCUAUCCUGCAGUGUGCCUGUCCAGGUCAGUUUCACUGUAAUGAAAACGAUGAUUUGAGGUCAACAUGGUUGAAACAGACAAUAGAAUCCUUCAUCCCAGAUCCUUUCAUUAACUUAAUAAUGAUCACUAAAAUGGACGGUACACAGAUUGGAGAUCUUAAGCCUGAAUUAUAUGACAAGGUACUGGUUGAUGCUCCUUGUUCAAAUGACAGAAGUUGGCUAUUCUCUUCUGAUAUUCAGCAAGCUACACUUAGGCUAAUACAAAGGAAAAAGUUAUCAUCUUUACAAUUCCAGCUGCUAAGGUCUGCUAUUAAAGCAUUGCGUCCUGGUGGAUCGCUGGUCUAUUCUACGUGCACUCUCUCAAAGGCAGAAAACAGUGAUGUGAUAAAUCUCGUUCUAAAUUCCUGCAGUGAUGUUAUGCCUGUAGACAUAAGUGAACUGGCCACAGCUGUUUCUCAGGAAUUUGCUUUUCUCAGUGGUAUGCAAAAGCAUGAACUUCUGGUUCUCCCAGAGAAAGGGAGAGCGUGGGGUCCAAUGUACGUAGCUAAAUUAAAGAAAAUUUCGUCUGUCUGAUGCCUGUUAGUUUUUUAUAAGCGAUAUGUGAUAAAUUAAUAUUCCUAGUACCAUAUGUGUAUAUGAACGUGUCCAAGGGAACUGAAUUUAGAGUGUUGCAGUUCGGUAUAGCUGCUGCCUGAUCAAAAGGAAGCUAGACACCUGAUUUUGUUUAACUUAAAAUACUGAAUGUCUCUUCAAACAUGGACUUGUGGGCCUCUGUGAAGUCCUUAUGAAGUCAAGGGAGCUUUGUAUUGUUUUCAAGGUGAUGCUCUUAAAUGGAUUUUUGUCCUGGAAUAGGGGCCUAAUGUGAUGGGUUUUGCACAGGUUUUUUGGGGUUUUAAUUUCUAAUUUGGUUUUAAUACAGUAUGGUUUAAAAUAAAUGGUUUCAAUGGUCUGAA